UAUUUACCUGCCACGAUGGCUUCGCCUCCGUCACCUAAAGAUAAAAUUUUGAGUAAUGGUUUGAAAAAUACUAAGAUAACUAGCAUGUCACCAGAAAAAGAACAGAAUAAUAUCGGCGAAAUCGCUAUUGAAGCCUCGGAAAUUGUAAGUAGGCUUGAGCAAAUUGCUGAAGGAGUUCCAAUACCAGAAAGUGCUUAUAGUCAGCCUACAGUUUUUCUUGGACUGGACCGGAAAAGUGUAGAAGAAAUCAUGGAUAUAAUAUAUGGUCUUAUGAGUGUCGAUGAAGAUGGGGAGCCACUUCAAUUCCCAUCAUUGGACGUAGUUACUAAGUUAGUUAUAGUUUGUCACAGCUUAGCCGCCUAUUGUGGAGGUUUAGAACGAGGCAUUUUACAGAAAUUAAGUACUAGGUUUACAACAGAUACCACACGUUGGAUAAGUCAUUUGUGUGGAUUUUUGGAUUCCUCGACGUUUUACCAUGAAGAUCAAUUAGAAGGCCUUGUACGAGUUACAAAAAUGAUGUUACAUUAUAAGUACCCCAGAUAUCUGGAAGAUGGCGCCUUAGCCCUCACCAAUUCGCUCCCGAUGAUCUAUAGCAGUGUUUCUAGUCCCCUCGGAGUUGUACAACACUUAUGUAGACAAUUAGGAUUACCUUUAGCCUGUGUAAGACCUGUUCCAGUCAACACUCUUUUCGGGUCGCAGUAUACUAUGGAUGUGGCAGCAUUACAAAAAUUGCUUCAGGAAGAUGUUGCUACUGGUAAAACACCCUUAAUUGUCAUGGCUGAGGCUGGAACUUUCAUAACGGGACAUGUAGAUAAUAUAUCCAGGAUCCAGGAACUUUGUAAAGCUCACGACAUAUGGUUGCAUUUGCGUGGACAUAGUUUGGCAACGUUCUUCCUGCCUAAUUUAUCCAAUAAAAGUAACCAGAUGCAACCAAUAGCAGAUAGUUAUACAUUGACCUUCGGCAGUUGGUUUGGAAUACCCGGAAUUCCGAUGGUUACAUUGUAUCGAGUGAAAGAUAGUCCAGUAACAAACAGGACAAAACAAGUAGGUGCCAAUAGGGAGAGUACGCUGCCUCUAUUGGCUGGUUUGAAUACGGACCAUCAAGGUAGGAGAAUAAUAUCUUUACCGUUGUGGGCCUGCCUCCAAAGAUUGGGACAAGAAGGUGUACAAUCCAAGAUUAGGGAUAAUUUUAUAGCUAGCGAGAAUUUAUGGAUGGCACUGAACGUUUUUAGAAAUAUCAGGAUAUUGAGCCCUCGACCUGGGGGUGAGGCAGGGAAUUACACGAUUUCAGAGUUAUUAACCAGGCCCACAUCUAUACCAGUUCUCUUGGAAUCUACAGCUACUUGUGUAGUCUUCCAAUUUACCCCUGAUUGGACAGAGGGUGAGAUGUUCACCAAAGUGCCUCCUUACUAUGACAAACUGAAUUCUUGGUUAGGUCAAAUUUUACAUCAGGAUGCCCCUCAGAUUCCUCUGGAAAUUUGCGAGCUGGAAAACAUAGGCGUUGUGCUGCGGUUUUGUCCGUUCGAAAAUUCAACUGGUAAACAACCGACCACAGAAGAAAUAGGUUCAUUCAUCCAGUGCUUGGAACAGCAGCUAGUCAUUUUAAAAGCUACCAUUCAGCACAAAGAAACGUUCAUUCAUUUAGUCGAGCAGUCUCCAGUUUUGAACAUCGUUGAGCUUCCGGAAUGGGCUGGUUUGGGUGGGGUGAGGUACGCCCCAGAAGGUUGGGAGCAACUUUUGACAGAUCAAGCCAAGAACGAACUGAACAACUUAAACAUAGCUUUGGUAGAAGCGCUCAGAACAACAGAUUCGGCUUUUUCAUUGGGUGAAGGGGCUGACGGUUUGAUGUGCAUAAGGUUCGGAAUGUUGACGCCACAGUCGGAUGUCGAAGAUCUCUUGAAUUUGGUGAUAAAAGUUGGACAGUCUGUCGAGGAAAAUUCAAGGGUUUUGGACUCGAUGGCUGAAAUUGUGAAAAAAGGAAUUGAAACAGCCACCUUGGAUCUCCAAAAAGAAAACGAAGAAUUACUUUGGCAAGAUGGUAUUUUGAGGCAUGUUCCAGUCGUAGGUACUUUCGUAAAUUGGUGGUCGCCGAAACCUAAAGAGACUGGGGUUAAAGGAAGGAGCCUCAAUCUCACUCAGGGCGUGGUUGAGUCAACUGAAAAUAUUUACAAAUAUCACAUGCAGAUUCAAACAGGAACAACACCUCAAGGUUCCAAAAGCCCGCCAACACCAUUAAUCCAAACGUCAGUAGGUGGUCAUUCGAGGUCAAGCAGUCAUGCAAGCCACACCUCCAGCCAAGGUGCGGCCAAUAACCAGCAAGGGGAGGAGCCAGCGGAGAAAUCGGCGCAGAAUAGUACGUUAGAUAAGUCAGGCCAGAAUAAACUCGUUAAUUCGAUUGUCAACAAUGCUGUGAGUAAUGUUAAAGAGACUGAUAAGUAGAGCCUUAAUCGAUAACCGAUAUGUGGUUGAAUUUUAUUAUAUUACCAAUUGGGUAGAAUAAUUUUGGUAUUUUUUAAAUAUGCUUACAUUUUGGGAAAAGUGAUCCAUUACAAUAUUCAGAUGAGCUUAAAGGAGAAUUAUUUUACCCAAAUGAAGAUUGCUUCACCGUUAAAGUAUAUUCAAGUAUUCAAGUUGUUAUGUAUAUAAGUUUAUUCUAUGUUUAUUUCAAAUAAGUUAUUUUUUUAGUCAAAGUAUUUGUCAGUUGAUUUCCAUUUGAUAUUGACGACACAAAUUUCAAUACUUUCCUUUGAAAUCAUGUUCAAAGCAUAAUAAAAAGUUUGUUGAAUGUAAAUUAAUUUUCAAGUUUUAUUGCUACUCCAUUUCAUCCAUUGCAAGACAGUCAAUACUUGAAAUUCACACAUAACAGAUGUUAUAACUGAACACACAAAUAAAUAUAAAAUAAAAACCGA